AUGCCACUAUCAAACGGUAUCCCGAUGUACUACUGGCAUCUCUCUCUGAAUUUCUGCAUGAGACCAAAGCUAUUUGUGUUGAAUCACAUGAUGGACUUUAUGGGUUUUGAAUACAUUACUAGGGCUGAUAUCUUUACAACAAUGGUGGCAGCUCGGCUUCCAAGUAAAGCUUCUUCUUAUGAACUGACCACAAAUGAGCUGAAAUUGGAUGAAUAUAUUGUUGAAGCUCUUGGAAUGAUGUGUGAGGAACUUUUCCACAAACCCAAUGGUUAUGGUGAUGCAAGCUUAGUGAUAGCUUUUGGGAUACUAGAAACCUGGCCGUGA